CAUUCGAUUAUUUCUAAACUUUACAAGAUAUCAAAAAAAAGUUAAUCCUGAAAGAACUAUCAAACGAUAUCAAUAAUAAUGGUACUCAUUUUUUGAUAAUACUGUAGGUAGGUACUAAAUGUAUAGAAGCUGGUAAGAUUGAAUUUUCCAGUUUAUUCUGUAACCUGUUAUUGAUACCGUUUGAUAGAGCUCGUGAAGCACUUUCAACAUCAGUAACCACUUUUACGAUCUACCUAUCUUCUAUUAGUUUAGAAAAAGUCGAGUGUGAUCACUAUAUCGUUUCCACCCUGUAUAUCUAGUUACUUUAAACCCUUUUUAUUUUUUGAUUAGUAAUUCUAUUAGUUUAGAAAAAGUCGAGUGAGAUCACUUUCGUUUCCACCCUGUAUACCUAGUUACUUUGAAGUCUUUUUAUUUUUUAUUUGUAGAUAAUGUUUUUGUAACGUGCCUGAAAACCUGUUCAAAUAAGAAUCGGUCAUGCAUCGUCUAUUUUUUAUGGUCAGAAACUACUGGAUCGAUUUGAAAAAAUCUUUCGUCAUUUGAAAGUGCCACGACUUUAGUGAAACUCAAGGGAAAAAGGCGAUAUUAUCAUCUAUCUUUCAUCUAUUAACGACGCUGCGGGCAAAAUGUAGUCUAGAAAAUAACUUCCAAUCGCACUAUCAAAAUGAAUAGUACCGAUCCCCUGCUGCGACAAGUUGCUACAUUUUUAAAUUUAUGAAUAAUCUGGUAGAAUGCUGACAACGUCGGGUCUGUGGUGGCAUCCACGAGGGCCAUCCAGACAGCUCUGCUGGUGGUGUCGGGGCUUCAGCUGACUGGGUACAUGUCGCCUCCUUCUGUUCAAGUCACCAAUGGAGACACCUAUGACUUCGUCAUCGUAAGCGCGGGGUCUGCGGGGUGCGUCGUCGCAAACAGACUGUCGGAGGACCCUCACCUCAAAGUCCUCCUGAUUGAGGCCGGAGGGGACCCUCCUCUUCAAUCUGUUCUUCCAGGCCUGUUAACGACUCUGCAGAACUCAGUAGUCGAUUACAACUUCACUUCUGAGAACGACGGAUACUCAGCACAAAACCUGAAGAACGAAGUCGUUGGAUUGUCAACGGGAAAAAUGCUCGGAGGCACUAGUAGUCUAAACCACAUGCUGCACGUCCGAGGCAACCCUCACGACUACGCGAGAUGGGUCACAGCAUCCAAGGACGAAGCCCUGGAGCUACUGGAAUUUACUGCCAUAAUUCAUCAGAAGCGAAAAAGUCGAAGACCAAGGAAUUCUGGAAACUUCUAGCGCUCGAUAUGUAGGAACAAGCGGCUACUUGAAGAUAUCUAGACAAACGAGCGAAGAUAAUGCGCCAAUUUUUGCCGCAUU